GGUUGCCCUUGAAGGUCGACAAAAUUUGCAUUCAUACAUUGAAUGAUAAUAAUAGUUGUUUGAUAUCAGUUAAAUUAAGAUAUCCAGUGAGUUUGGGUGCUCAAAUGAAAUGACGGAUUCGGACCAUGAAGAAGAAAUCUCUGUUCAGAGGAAACCAUACGAUCUGGAAGAGGCUCACACAGCAGCGGGUUGGAAAGCCAAAUCUGAGAAAAGUCUUCAAGCGGCCCUACAUUUGAAUCGUAAUCCCAUUCGUAAACCCAAGUCAUGGAAAAAAAUCUUCAACAAGUACCUGCCCAUCACCGAUUGGCUUUUCAACUACAAUGUCAAGGCCGAUCUUGUGUCAGAUAUCAUUACUGGGAUUACUAUAGCCAUUAUGCACAUUCCUCAGGGUAUGGCCUAUGCUCAAUUGGCUGAGACGGAUGAGAUGGUUGGGCUAUACACCGCAGUUUUUCCCGUCAUUAUUUAUACACUCCUAGGUCCAUCCCGGCAUGUUUCAAUGGGUACCAACCCAUUGACAUCUAUUCUAUUGGGAGCCAUCGUAAAGAAGUAUGCCUUCGACGACGACGAUGGCGGUAACUCGGAUGGUGGAGACACUUCUUCGACGACCUUGGUCUCAUCCUCGGUCUUUGUGGCCGCAAAUGAGUCUCAAAUGUAUACCGACAUCCAGGUGAUUACCGCCGUGUGCCUGCUCUCCGGAAUUUGGCAACUGGGAUUUGCCAUCUUGGGCUUGGGCAAACUCAGUUGGCUCCUCUCGGAUGUUCUGGUUAGCGGGUACACAACAGCUGCCGCUAUCCACGUGCUUGUGUCUCAACUGAAAGGUGUAUUGGGAGUAACAUCCGGAUCCAGUGGACGAGUCCUCUUUCUUCCGGUUCAAAAUUUUCACGAGAAAAUCGAGGACUUCAAUCUGGCGGCCUUUGUCAUUGCCCUUGUGUGUGUCAUCAUCUUGGUGGCCAAUAACGAGUUUUUAAAGCCUCAACUGGCCAAGAAGUGCAGCUUUCCCGUGCCAAUUCAAUUGAUCGUGGUUGCUGGUGGAAUCUUGUUUUCUUACUUCUUGAACUUCGAGGAGAAAUUCGGUAUUGACGUUGUGGGGAGAGCUCAGGACUGGGUUCCAAGUAUCAUCGUAGAUUCACUCAUUGUGGCCAUUGUCGGUUACUGCAUUACUCUAUCAAUGGCAAAAAUAUUUGCUCAAAAAUUCCAUUUCGUGGAUGGUAACCAGGAACUUUUCAGUGAGGGUGCUUCUAAUGUGGUGGGCUCGUUUUUUUCCUGUCUGCCCUCGGGAGCCUCAAUGUCCCGAAGUUCGGUCCAAGUUGCAGUGGGUGGAAGGACCCAACUGACCUCGGUAGUCUCUAUUGCCAUUCUCAUUGUGGUUAUAUUGACUGCAGAGGGACUCUUCUACGCCUUACCGAAG